UGCGCAGGAAGAAAAACCAGAGAGGGACAGAGCGAGUUUAGCGAGAGUUUUGGGGGGGUUGGUGUUUGUGUAAAGUUAUCUGAGGAAGUUGUAUUUUAUCGGCUAGAUAAUCUUCAAGAAGUCAGUCGUCGGAAACUCAGAGAGGGAUCCCAGAUAGCGCUGUGAGGUACCGGAGUUGCUCUGGCAAAGUUGGAUAUCCCCGUACAUACUGGCUUCCCCCAUCUCCUCUGCCCAGUUUCUAACUUUUCUCUGGCGGACCACACAUCUGGAAAAGGUACUGCCUAUUGACUAUUUCUGCUCCAGCUGGAUUGAAGGCCCGUUGAACACUCCCCAGCAAGAAUGGAAACUCACCAGUUUGGGUCGCCUGAGAACAGCUCAAUCCAAGGAGAGCACAAAAUUACCAAACCAACAGUGCUUAUAGGUUUGAAGAGGAUUGGGGCUUAUGUCCUCUAUGGAGUUCCGGUGCUGCUGCUGUUAAUCCUGCUGAUGGUCACUGAGAUAAGAUUCUCCCAGUUAAACAAGGGGAUCACUGAUGUCAAACUUCACCUUGAGAGAAUCAGCAAUGGAACAAUGUCACCGUCUAUAUUAGAUGCAACAACUGUGCCGGAUGUCCACACACAAGCACCUGUCCUAGUUGAAGGAAGAUGUAGAGAUGGAUGGCUUUCUUUCCAGAGUAGCUGCUACUUGCUGUCCACCACAAGCGCAACGUGGCACAAAGCAGAGGAGCAGUGCCGAUUAUAUGGAGCACACCUGGUGGUUGUCAAUAAUGUGGAGGAAAUGCACUACAUUUUAGGUGUGACUGAAACCAUAUACAGCUAUUGGAUUGGACUUGUGGAGCUAGAUGGACACUGGACCUGGGUGGAUGGAACUGACUUCAACUUAACCCCAACUUUCUGGGAUGACCAUGAGCCUGACAACUUUGUUGACUACAGGAAUGGGGAUCAAGAAGAGGACUGUGCACAGCUUUAUAAAUAUGGAAGGAAACCCCACAUGUGGCAUGAUGCUCUCUGUUACGUGAAUGACAACUAUAUCUGUGAAAUCAUGAAAGAGAGUGGGCCUUUCUGAGCUGCUGAACCCUCACCGACACGACUGGCCUGAUAUUUUCUGCUGUUUCAUUUUUCAAUUAAUCAUCUAGUGUCUAAUCUAAUCUAAUCAUCUUUUUAAGUUGGAUUGCGCUUUUGGUUAGAGGACAUACACAACAGGAAACAGCACAUCCAACAUUAAUAGACGUCAUAAAUGUAUUUACCAUCAACAGUGUUUCCUGUCAAGCUCAUCAACAGGUGUGACAGAACCGCCGUGCGCACAGAAGCAGACCUUGACUGCCAUGUUUAUAUCUUAUAAAUAUAUGCAACAUGUAUACACACAUAUAGUACGUUUAGAUACACAACUGUACAUACGCCAAUGCUUUGCACAUCAAUAUUUGGUUAUUAUUUGUGUCAUGUCGGAUCAUAGAUGGUUUCCUAUUGUGUUAACAUAAAAUAUUCAACUUGAGUAAUACACAGUGGAAAGUGGUGGGAACUCUGGCAGACACCUAGCUAUUUACACAGCUGUGUGUUGGAAAGUUGUUUUAAAUUCAACUUCUAUUUAAAGAAGGCAAAUGCAGAGCUAAGUGAGCACAGAGCGAACAGAAAGAUAGAGCAGGCUUAUGGAGUAUUUGAUUGUCUAACUGUUGUGUGAAAAGAUCAAAAGACAAUUGUAAAUGUGUCUACUGCCUAACAUGUAAGGGGAGAAUAAAAAUGCGAGUCCAAAUGUGGACUUUCGGGAU